AUGGUGUCAAAAGAAAAUAUCAAAGUAAAAAUACUUCUCGAUGUUAUUGUUGUAGAUGGCGGCAUUGGCGGUCUUGCUGCUGCCACGUUAAUCGAAUUAGUUCCAGAUGAAGAAGUUUUAGAAUGGCAGCUAUCUGAUCAUGCAUCAGUGCUUCCGUAUGUUGCUCAGGGUGCUGCUCAAGCUGCUGAAGAUGGUUCUGUUCCAGUACAAAUGUCAGCAACCAAACCUCGCCAAGUUUUGCAUCUUCACGAUGGAGAACAACAACGAAAACGAGACGAGAUACGUAUGAACAUUGAUAGCGGCUAUGAUAAUCCUGAUCGUUGGUCAGAUAGAUUUUGUAACAGUGGUGCUGGGCGAGUAUGA